GGUUCCCGUCGUGAGUAAGUCUGACUCUUUCCUCUUUUAUCUUACGAGGUACGUCACAUUUACGCUUGACCGCAUACGGAGUGUUUUAUUCAGUCUUUAGUUGUAUCAACAUGCUAACGGUCACAGUGUGGUGCACCCUAGCUACAGCCUCGUUAGCUGUAGCUUGCUUGCGAUGCUAACUGACGAAUCCAUAUCUGUAGCGGUUUAAUGACCAGCUCAGUUAGCCGUAGUAGCGAAUAUUGUGAUCAGUUGACAGACGGUUUAGUUAGCGUUAUCUUUUGGGAAGCAGAACUGUGAACGCCUCACGUGAACUUUCAUUCAGACGCAAUUGUUGAAGAUCUUUAUCCAGCCAAUGGACUGACAUCAGCCAGCGGAGAUGCUGCUUAAAGAUCUUCCCAGAGAGGCUCUGAUGCGGCCUCUGUCCAGGAAUGAGGUGGUGGGCAUGUUGUUGAGGUUGACCAUCUUUGGUGCAGCGACCUACUACAGCAUCAAAUGGGUUUUAGACGCUAUGGAUCCUACCUCGAAACAGAAAAGCCGAGCUAAGAAAAGGGCAGAACAACUGAUGAAGAGGAUUGGUGUUGAGGGCGUUAAGCUAACGGAGUAUGAGAUGAACAUUGCAUCACAACUAGUUGAUCCCCAAACUAUGAAGGUGACCUGGAGAGAUAUAGCCGGUCUGGAUGAGGUUGUGAAUGAGCUGCAAGACACAGUCAUCCUGCCCUUUCAGAAAAGACACCUUUUAGCAGGAUCCAAACUCUUUCAGCCUCCCAAAGGUGUUUUAUUGUUUGGUCCUCCGGGAUGUGGGAAGACCAUGAUCGCCAAGGCAACAGCCAAAGCCUCAGGCUGCAAGUUUAUUAACCUCCAGCCCUCCACACUGACAGACAUGUGGUACGGCGAAUCACAGAAGCUGACUUCGGCUGUCUUCUCAUUGGCAGUAAAACUCCAGCCCUGUAUCAUCUUCAUUGAUGAGAUUGACUCAUUUCUGAGGAACCGUUCCAGCAUGGACCAUGAGGCCACAGCCAUGAUGAAGGCUCAGUUCAUGAGCCUGUGGGAUGGCCUGGAUACUUCGUCAACCACCCAGGUGAUGGUAAUGGGAGCUACAAACAGGCCACAGGAUGUGGAUCCAGCCAUUUUGCGCAGGAUGCCCACCACUUUUUAUGUUGGCCUACCAAAGUCAAGACAAAGACAGGACAUCCUGAGGCUGAUUUUAACAGGAGAAAGCCUGAGCAAUGCCAUUAAUCUGAAAGAGAUCGCGGAGAAGACAGACGGUUACUCUGGCAGUGACCUCCGGGAGCUUUGCCGCGAUGCUGCCAUGUACAGAGUCCGGGACUAUGUCCGAAAGGAGCAAAUGAGGCAGAUCGCUCAGCAGCUGCAGGACAGCCAGGAGGAGGAAAGACCUGUGGAUGAGGAAAGGUUGCGGCCGGUCACCCAGCUGGACCUCCUUUUCGGCCUGGACAAGAUGAAGGAAUCUAAGCAGGCCACAGCCUUCAUGUUACCCAUUGUGUCAGAGGUACCCCUGGACUAAACACCAAUACUGCACCACAAUGGGAAAUAUGAUGUUCUACAAGCAGAGGCUCCACCAACAUGUCAGGGGUGCAGUUGGAAAAGCCAGAAAGCAGCCAUACUUUUCUUGAAGUGUAUUUAUUCAUGCAGUGUUUGUUCUGAGCACGCUCACUUUCAGCAUAAGUGUACAGUUACAUUACCUUCGGACAUCUAAGGUGUCCUACUGGCCACUGACCAUAGAGACAAUGUCUUACUCCAGGGCAGGUUGUUUGGAAGAGGUGAAUGCAUUUUCCAUAAACAUUAUAAAUCCAUCUGAAGUUACUGCUCGUAAUACUACAAACUACAGUUCUACGACCUGAUGGUACAGAUGCAAACUUGUUCAUCACAUUUCAGUACAUAAGGGCAGAAUUAUUUCAUUUUUAAUAAUAAGAUAAUAUAAAAUAAGUAUUUUGCAGCAAAGACAUAUUUCUCAGCUCUCAGUUAACAGAUAACAAAACACACAUUCAGUAAACGACAACCAAGUAGAGAUGGGGUCACUAAUAGAAACCACAGCUAUCAUCACCUGAGCUUCGACUUAUGGCUGUAAUGUUACCUGAUUUACACCUCCUUAGCUAUUAGCAGAUAUAUAUUAUAGGAAUGGUGCUGUGUGCAUGAUUGUGAAACUGAAGUUACCCAAUCCAAUUGGUCUUCAGUGCAUUUAGUGGUCUUUUGCACUUAAUAUUUCUUUUCCACCCAAAACGACAAUAGCUGUUCCUUCUUAAUUUACAAAUAUUUCGGGUGUUUAAAACUUUUUUUAUUUUAGUGUCUUAAUAAUUGUCCUAUUAUCAUUAUUUGUGAGUCUCCAUUGUUUCUCUGAAUGUUUUUUAUCAACUUUUAAUGUCUUGUUCUGUACGUCGAUCAAUAUCCGUCGCAACAAAGCACAUCAGUCUGUGUCAGUUACUUUUAUUCUCACUUCAAGGGGAUCGUGGCUUUAAAAUUGAAAUCAUUUCAAUCAGCUAUCCGUGUGAAGUUGUUGUGACAUGCUUUUCUGACUCCCUCUGUAUAAAAAGCCUCAUUAUUCACCACAUGGUCACAGCAUGUGUUCGUGGGUCUCAUACAGACCUUCCUCCCACUCAGUCUGAGCAAGCCAGGGCAAAGCGGUCAGUCGACCAUGACCACAUGGUGGCGCUGCAGCUUCACAGUCCUGUGGCUAGGGGCAGGUGUGCUCACAUGAAGAGCAGUUUAUAGCAUUGAGGUGAGAUAAUGAAAUGGAUGAUUGUUUCUCCGUUAUUGGUUCAUUCGGUAAUCUUUGGACAUCUGUUGCUCUUCAUUAGAGUAUGUCAGGUGACAGUUAAGGGUCACAAUAUUUCCGUGUCAACCAACGAUUGUGUCGCUACAGCUUACAGGUCUUAGUUCCCUUUUUUUGCGACGGCUAACAUAUGUUCUCGAUGCAGUAGGACUUGUCAGGUCAUUUGAGCCAUUAUCAGUUACUGUUCAUUAUAUUGUCAAAUAUGUGUGUGUUGAAUACGGUAUGUAAACCAUUUACUGUAAAGUGUAUUUAUUAAAUUAUACCGAAGAAAAUA